UGAUGCAAAAGAGAAAUGAAUGAAGCAGUCACAGUGGAAGGAAACACGAGGGAAUCAUUAAAAUUAGGGAAAUAAUUAAUAAUUCGGAAAGUAAUUAAUUGUCGUAAAGUCGUAAUGCGCCAUUUUCGGCUGUGUGUUCUUGUUUUUGCAAAGAAAAAGUAUUCUACGCACAUAAAACCGAGUUGCGGGCUCACAGCGUAAAGCGAAAAAGCGUGCAAGUGUGUGAGUGUGCGUGUGUCGGUUGUCGUGUCGGUGUUGGUGUGUUGAGCGAGAAAAGAAGAAAAAAAGAACAAGAAAAGUGUGGUGGUGAUUGUCGCGCGGGCAACAAAAACGUCUUGUGAAGGACGUGUCGAUGACACGGGCUGGAUCCUAGGAUCAUUGUCCAACAACAAUAACGUAUACAACAGCAGCAGUAAGAGCGCAGAGAGGCGGAUGCUGCUGAAUGUGUGGGCUUGGGCUUGUUUCAUUUCCUUCUUGCAUCACCACCACUCCCCCCGUCAUCUUUCAUUCAUCACUAACUUUAUUUCACGACUCGGCCAAGUUAAUUUGUAACACUUCAAUCGCUGGAAAUCCCCCGUUAUUGGGCUUGAGUGGCGCUUUCACACUGUGCUUGUGUAUUUCCAAAAGCGCAAGAAAAAUCCUUCAAAAUUCCACCACAAACGCCCACCACUGCGAGCGCCAUGCCCGUCUCGGUCGCUGUGUGCGAAACAGCAAAUGUCGUCAACGCAGCUCUACGAGAAUCGCUUGGCGUUAAUGUUGGCAGAGGUGCUGACGAAGUUAAAACCGGCAGUGGUGGUGGCCACAAUAACAAUGGGUCCGCUUGCGACGAAUCCGAUGAUAACUUGCAAAGUCAAAUUGUAGCAAACGCAAAACGUGUCUUGCUGGCCAAAAUCGAAUAUGAGGAAGUCGAAAAUUACCACGAGUCGGUGCUGGAAGGCUUAAAAUCGAAGUAUGUCGUCAUCAAGCCAACUAAUAAUAGCAGUGGGACUGGAACGGGAACGUCUGCAGCAAGCAACUGCAACGCCGGCUUUGGGAACAACAAAAGUGGUAUUAUCAGCAAUGUUGGCAAAAUUGUGGGCGUAAAUGGACAUGACAACACCGUAAGUGGCAAUCGCAAGCAGUCUGGCACAUCUGAUCAGCAGCAGCAACAUCAACAGAAUACCAAUGAGCUCCCAAAACCAAGUCGCGUGCUUUACCCACGUGAGCGAAUACGUAUUGGAUGGAAACAGUCGGAGCGCAAAUGGCAGGUCGGCACAGGCCUCCUUAACGUGGGAAAUACCUGUUAUCUGAAUUCCACAUUGCAAGCCCUGUUCCACAUCCCAGCAUUGGCAAACUGGCUUGUAUCAGAAACAGGACAUGUUGAUAACUGUAAUAUUUUGGAAACCGCUGGGUGCUGUAUCAUUUGUGCAAUGAUUAAAACGUUGCUAAGCACGCAGACUAGCAACACGGCUGUUAGGCCAUUUCACAUCUACACCAAGCUGAAGCAAAUUUGCAAGCAUAUGCAGGUUGGUCAUCAGGAAGAUGCGCAUGAGUUUCUCCGCUUCCUAGUGGAGGCUAUGGAAAAAGCGUAUUUGAUGCGAGAUAGAAACUACAAGGAACUGGAUCAACUUGUAAAGGAGACGACGCCUCUGAAUCAGAUUUUUGGCGGCUAUUUGCGCUCAGCUGUGCGUUGUUUGUCAUGCAAUCACGUCUCAAUCACCUUUCAACAUUUCCAAGAUCUGUUGCUGGACAUACGCAAGGCGGACACGCUGGAGGAGGCCUUUGAUGGUUACUUCGCUCGUGAAAGGCUCGAAGACAUGGGCUACAAGUGCGAGGGAUGCAAAAAGAAGGUAUCGGCCACAAAACAGUUUAGCUUGGAGCGUGCGCCCAUUACGUUAUGCAUACAGCUUAAGCGAUUUAAUAUGAUGGGAAACAAGCUGACGAAGCAAAUAACCUUUAAGCCACGCAUAGACCUUAGCAAAUAUGCAGCUAGAAGUCCAGCAGCCGCGACACAGCCUUUAACUUAUCGUCUGGUAUCUCUGGUCACUCAUUUGGGUGUGUCGCAGCAUUGUGGCCACUACACGGCGAUUGGUUUGACAGAGGCUGGUGGCUAUUACAACUUCGAUGACAGUUAUGUUCGACCCAUUCAGAUACAUAGUGUUUGCAAUACCAACGCCUACAUUAUGUUUUACGAGCUGGACACUCCAGCUGCGCCGGCACGCAGCCUGUCCACACAGCCAUCGGCAGCGACAAGCAGUCCCAAGAUAAACGGAUUGCGUUUGUCAAAUGGCCAGCAUAGUAUGGCGACGCCCACUUCAGCAGCCUCCACUGCCACAUCUGGAAGCUCAUCUGUGCCUGCAUCGCCAACUCGAUUCAUUGGCCCACAACUGCCACCGGGUGGCUUAAAUAAUGGUUAUACAUCGCCUGCACAUACGACGACCAAUGGAUUUGGGAACCAUUCAGCGUCCAAUCCAAAGAUUGCUAUACUUUAUAAGAACAGCAGUCUUUGGAAGCAGGCUACAGCUUCAAGUGGCACGCCACAGAAACAGCAACAACAGUUGCAGCAAAAUGGUCUCCUCGUGGGGACCGGGAAAUUUCAAGAGCCUGCGUACACGAAGUCUGCAUUGGCUGGCGCAUCACAUAAAAGCGAAACUGCUGCAAUUGCAAAUGGUAACAAAAGUUCCUCCUCCACCGCCAGCCACAAGGUCCUUAUGCCAACGUCAUCAGACGAUGACGACGUUGAUGUUGACGACAACAAAGUCAAUCGACGCUCAGGCAAAGUAAAUGCCACGCCCCAGUUGCCUAGCAUGCCGAAACUGUUUGGUACAACGACCACCGCCUCCAGCAGCACGCCCGCCAAGCCCAAAUUGACUCCGCUUAAGAGCCUGGUGCCGUACGAAUCCGCCUCAGAAGAAGAGGAGCCAGUUUUGGUGGCGGUGGCCGCCGCCAAUGUGGGCAAUUUACAGUGCUACGAUUCCAAUCCCCGCAAGCGACGCAGCGGCGAAGAAUCAUCUGAUUCCUCUGAGGAGGACGCUACACAUACCGCUAAUGGAAAUGGCAAUCAUUGUAAAGCCAAUGGUAAAAGUAAACCGCAUGUCUGCUCGUCAACUAAUGCCAAUAACAACAACAACAGCAAACAAAAGACUGAUGCUAUAGACGAGAUAUUCAAAAGUUUAAACAACUACAAAAACAAACACAAGUCUUCGCCAAAUACCGAAACAGAUACUGAUGAUGGCGACGAUGAGGAAGAUGACGAUGAUGAGCGUAACAAAAAGAACAAUAAUAGCAGCAGCAAAAAAGCAAAAGCUACAGUGACCAGCAAUGGAUGGCGACCACAAAAGCCGCAAAACAGCAGCAAUAGCAACAACAACAACUGCCGAGCGCCGCCUUCUCCUAAAACGCCACCCUCGCCGGCAGUCAUCAAGAGCAAGACAGGCAUUUGGCAAGUAUCCCGCAGCGAUGAUCCUGAGAACGAGGAUGAAACGGAGGAUCGUAAUAGUAGCUCAGAUGUGGGCUCAUUGACAGCAACUCUGAAAAAUCCCAAAAAUCCGUUUGCCACCAAGCCAGCGACGGCGACCUCAGCUGAUGGCAAUGCAUCUAAGCGACAGAAGCUGCACAAUGGCAGUGCCAAGACGCAACAGCAGACACGCCUGGGCAAUGGCUAUCAGAAUGAAGCCAACAAUGCCAAUGCAGUUGGUGAGCUGCUCAAACAAUCACAUCGCGGCUACGGCUCGUCUGUGCUCACGUGGAAUGGCAAACAGACGGAGCUGGAUAAAGAGUUGGAAGCUGAGGCGCGUGAGCAGCGCCAGCGUGAUCAGGAGGAUGAUGAGGAGAACGAAAUGGAUCGAGGGCGUCAGCGAAAAGUGAAGUCGGCGACCAAAUCGGUGAACAGCACACCCGGAUAUAAUCCAUUCCAGGAAUACCAGGAGAACCAAAAGCGCUGGCACAAACCAAGCAACGGCGGUGGGGGUUAUCCGCGUGCCUAUAAUCAGAACUAUCGCCAGAACUUUCAGCAACGCAACAAGUUUAAGUUCAAUCGCUUUAGCGGAUCUGCUGGUAGCAAAUUUCAGCAGCGAGCGCUACAACGUCAUUUGGCCGCCGGUGGUGGCUUUACAAGGCGCCAGCAGCAACACCACCAUGCACAAGGAUCACAGCAGCAACAGUCGUCCUAACUAUGUAACAACCUGGUGGUGCAUUAUAAUGAAGCCUUUCUUUGGUUAGCUUCUGCUGCUUGUUAGCAGUCCUCUUUACUGGCCAGCAAGCGAGACUUUUGUAAACUUUUUAAACUGCUUAUGAACGUAAUUGUAGGAUCUUAAGCUAUAAGCUAGAUUUGUUUUGACCCAUCGCUCACUCCCAUAAGUUUUAAGAAAGAGUGUGGCAUUUUAUUUAUUGUUUUAGAUGAUUUUUGGGUAACUAGCGAUUACACAGGAAUUUUUUACAUUUUCGAAAAAUGAUUUCCAACACAUUCUUCACAAACACACGCACCCAAAUUAUACAAAACAAAUUAUGCAAGAUUACAUGAAUUUUUUGAAAUUAUAAAUAAAGAAACCCGCAUAUUUUUAAGAGACUAAUAAAAUAAUAUGUUUUAGCAUUUUAA